CUCUCCAUUUCCCUUCCCUCCACCUCAAUGGCUCACACAAAUCGUCUCUUCUACUUCUUCUUCGUGCUCGUCUUGCUCGAAAACUCUCUAUGCCAUGGUGGGCGCCGUCUCCUCGACACGCCAGCUCCGACGCCGCCGCUGAUUCCGUCGUUACCACCGCAGCCAACUCAGCCGUCUAUCCCACAGCCUGCGGCGGCAUUGCCGCCGCUGCCCUCCAUACCGUCCCUUCCUACGUUUUCUUUGCCUCCACUUCCGACCAUCCCUACCAUUCCAAAUGUUUCCUUGCCUCCAUUGCCUUCCAUUCCAAGUAUUCCAUCAAAUCCGCUUCUUCCGCCACCGCCUGCAACACAACCUGAUCCGCCAUUCCGCGUGAAGCCUACAUGGUCCAAGCUUUUGUAUGAGAUCCGACAUCGAGCCAAGCCCUUCUUCCAUCAGCUAUAUAUAACCCACAACCAUCCUCAUCUGUUCUCAUCAAUCACAUAUCAAACAACUCUUCUUCUCCCCCAAUCCCCCCUUCCAUCAACAUCAAUGGCUCUCAUGAACCAUUUCUUCUGCUUCUUCUUCGCACUCGCCUUGCUCGAGAGCUCUCUGUGCCAUGGUGGACGUUAUCUCCUCGACACGACACCGUCACAGCCAACUUUGCCAUCUAUCCCGCUGCCGGCGCUUCUGCCACCUUUGCCCAUCGUGCCUGUGAUUCCUAAGCUUGCUUUGCCUCCAAUUCCGGCCAUCCCUGCCAUUCCAGAAAUUCCUAAGAUUCCAAGCAUUCCAGCAAUUCCCCAGAUUCCAAGCAUUCCAAAACUAUCACUGCCUCCAUUGCCUUCCUUUCCCACUUUCCCAUCCAUUCCUUUUCUUUCACCACCACCUGCUAGUAAAAGCCCAUGAUAACAGAAGCCUUCAUAUUGAAACAGUUAGUUCUAUGUUUUUAUUUAUAUAAUUAGAUUGAGGUCAGCUUCGCUUGGUAAGGCUUUUUUACUGUUUUUUAAAGCAGAUUUUUAAUACAAAAAUUUCUAAUUUAAGAAUUUUUUGUAUUAAAAAGCUGAUUUAAAAAGCAAUAAGAAAGUUGUGUUAAUCGAAGUCUAAAUUAUUGUUGUUUUAGGCACAGAUCAUUUGUAUUUGAUAUGUUUUGUAUUGUGUGGAUGUUUGUAUUUUAUGCUUGAACUAAUUUGUAGCUUGAUGAGCUAUAUGAGCAUUGUUGUAUUAGAAUUUUGGUGUUGGGCUG